UGCUGUGCAUGCGGGUCAGUGGAGCACAGGCGUCGCGACGCCGCGCGUCGACGGAGCUCUGUCUCCUCUGUUUUUCAUCUCUUAGUUUUGAUUAAAAACAUCACGUCAAACAAACAAAGGAAAAGAUAAAAAAAGAGGAAGAAUCUCAUGGAAGCUGAGAGGACAAAUCUCGAAGGAUAUGGCACUCGUCAGAUGUUGUCUAGAAGCUGAGGCACCUGAAAUUUUUGGAUCACUUAUACAAAAGUGUACCGAUCCAGGUUGUUGCUGCUGGUGUUGUUCUGCGUUACGCCCAAGGUACAAGAGACUGGUUGACAACAUCUUUCCUGUCAACCCACAGGAUGGCCUGGUUAAGAAUAACAUGGAAAAGCUGACAUUUUAUUCAUUGAGCAGUCCUGAAAAAUUAGAUAGAAUAGGGGAGUAUUUAUUUCAAAGAGCUUCCAGAGAUAUAUACAGGAGAAGAAAUGGAUUUGUGGUUAUUGCUAUGGAAGCAAUGGAUCAACUCUUAGUUGCAUGUCAUGCUCAAACUCUUAAUUUGUUUGUUGAAAGUUUUUUAAAAAUGGUCCAAAAAUUACUAGAAUCUACAGAUCCACAAUUACAGAUUCUAGCAACUCAAUCCUUUGUCAGAUUUGCCAACAUCGAAGAAGACACGCCGUCUUAUCACACACGUUACGAUUUCUUUGUAUCAAAAUACUCUGCAAUGUGCCACUCCAAUCACGACGACCCCACUAUUCGCAAACAAAUCAGACUUGCAGGAAUCCAAGGAUUGCAGGGUGUUGUAAGAAAAACUCUUUCUGAUGACCUAGUAGAGAACAUUUGGGAACCUGUUCAUAUGGAUAAAAUUGUACCUUCAUUAUUAUAUAAUAUGCAAAAUACAAGAUAUGCCAAUAAGGAAGAUGCAACACCAGAAUGCACAACCGAGGAGAGAUCCGAUCCACCACAAUUUGCAGAAACUUGUAUGCGAGAACUCGUUGGUCGAGCUUCAUUCGGUCAUAUUCGAUGUGUCAUCAGACCUGUCUUAAGACAUUUGGAUAAUCACCAGCUAUGGGUUCCCAAUUAUUUUGCUAUUCAUAUUUUUAGGAUAAUAAUGUUCUCUAUACAGUCACAAUAUUCUUACACUGUUGUCGAAGCUUUAAUGACUCAUCUUGAUGAUCAUUCAAAAUCAUCUCCGAAAAUACGAACGAGCAUUGCAGAUACAUUAUCAAAAAUUAUUUCAAUAGCAGCUGGAGAGAGUGUUGGUCCUUCUGUUUUGGAGAUCAUCAACUCGUUAUUAUCUCAUUUACGUGUUAGUGUAACAAGAAACCAAUCAUCCAGCAAUGACGAGCAGUUAUAUCAAGAAGCUCUUAUUAAUGCUCUUGGAGAAUUUGCAAAUCAUCUUCCAGAUUAUCAAAAGAUCGAGAUAAUGAUGUUCAUAAUGAGUAAAGUUCCUUAUAACCAAACAGAUCGUAUAAUUUCUGUUGGUAAGGGAGACGUUCUACUUCAAAGUAUUCUUUUAAAAUCUCUCUUGAAGGUCGGUACAAAAUAUAAAACGAUUCAUUUAAAUACAACGUUUCCACCAAGUUUCUUAGAACCAUUGCUUAGGAUGUCCCUGGCAUCAGAUGCUGAAAUGAGACUCUUGGUACAAAAAAUAUUCCACACGUUAAUCGACAGACAUAAUAAUAUUGCAAAACUUGCAAAGCCCACCGUGAACGUUGCCGAACUCGAUCUGGUAGUCGAAAAGUCGUCCAGGCCGGACGUUAUAUUUAUUCGAAAACAUGGACCUGAAAUUUAUCUAGCACUUUAUGAAUCACUAGAAUUAACAAGCAAUACUGUUGAAAAUGUGGAAUCUAUAUAUACUACUUUAGCUUUACUAGUCGUAGAACUUGCUUCUGAGGAUACUAUUCUAGAGCUAUUAAGAUUAGUUUUGAGUCUUCAAGAUCUAGCACUAACAAGCGGCCAAAUAAGUGUUACAUUGAAAUUCAAUUUACAUGCUAUUGUGAUUAGUCUACUUGUUUUGAUUUCUUACGUUUGCAAUAUUACUUCUCUUAUGGAUUAUGCACAAAAGGUCGUUGAAGCUCGCCGAAAGGAAGCCCCACAUCUAUUGCCUAAUUUACAAUCUCAGUAUGAUAGUAAUUUAUCUCCAAGAUUAGCAGCUACGUUAUUAGUAGAUCAAACUGUAGUAAGUGAAUGUCUGAAAGGUGCUGGGCUGGAUAGUGGAAAACUCCAGCAAGGAUCUGGUUAUAGUAGUACUUCUUUACAACAUAGGCAUUCCUGGGUUGAUAGUGCAGGACGAAAUUCAUUAGCCGAUAUUAACUCUGGUACUGGAGAACUGGACAGUGGAGGUUCAUCUCCAGGUGUUCAAAAGAAACUACCUGGCGAAGAGUUAACAUUCGAAAGCAUGAAAAGAAUUUUGACAGAAACUAAUAACAAUAAUGUAAUAGAAGAGGAAAAACGAAUCCAACUUUCACAAUUCUUCCGAAGUGCACCAUUCCAAGAUCUUGUAUCUAUAACACAACCAAAGCAUGACGUUUUACAAAGUAAACUAUCGGAAAUAUUUAAUACGUUGACGGUUGAUCCACGCAAUAUAAUCCCAGGAGGACCGCAAGCAGAUGCCAAACCUAGUCAAACGCCAGCUUAUGAAAUACAUUUUCCAGAAUUAUUUGUUUAUUAGAGAAAGGUAAACGUAUAAAUAUAUAUAUAAUAUAUGAUAUAUAAUAUAUCUAUGUAUGUAUAUGUAUAUAAGCAUAUAUAUAUAUAUAUAUAUAAAUAUAUAUAUGUAUGCUUCUUUUAUUAUGUUAUAAAGGUAAUGUUAUUAUCACUCAUGGAAGUCAAUUACAAUUUACAAUAUUUAUUUACAUUGUCGUACUGCAAUGCAUACGUAUAUAUGUAUAAUUUGUGAUAUAUAUUUUUAUAUACAAGAAUAUUUUUAUGACUUGAAAGUGACACCAAUUCAUUUAUCAAUUACAAAAUAUGGGAUAAUAUAUCUUAAUAAUUAAUAUUAUUUAAUAUGUUACGUUUCUUCAUUGUUUCACAAAUGUUGUUAUUUAGAAUAAUAGCUGAAAUUUAAUAUUGGUAUUGACUUAGUAUGGGAGUAGAAUUUAAUCAAAUAUUUCUGUUGUAUAAGUAUUUAUUUGCAGCACAUAUUGUAAAACAUUAGUAAUGUAGAAUGUAAAACACUAAGUACAAGUGCCAUGCUGGCACAUAUUAAUAGUGCUUGUGUAUUUAUUAUCACUAUGUAUGUACAUUGAUGCAUAAAACAAAAAUUGAAAAAAUGGAAAAACAAAAUUUUACUGAUCUAUAAAAUAAAGUAAUUAUUCCAUAUUA